AUGAGCACAAAAGAAACACUCCAACAAAAACACAAAAAUAAAUUAAAGGGAGCAUUUACCCAUGAAGAAGUUAAAGAAAAAUUAAAAAAAAGAUGUAUAGAUGCACUUAAAGAGAAAAGAAAGACAGAAAUUGAAAAAGCAAGAAGUAAUUUAUUAAAUAAUAAUAAUAAUAAUACAAAUAUCAUUUCAAAUAAUUUAAAAUUCACACUUCAAGAUCAAUUAAUGAAAUUAAAGAAUGAACAAAACAAUAAUAAUAAUAAUGUAAAUAAAAAUGUAAAUAUAAAUGGAAGUGAAUCAUCAACACCAGAUAAUAAUAAUAAUGGUGGUGUUGAAAAGUAUGGAAAUAGUGUAGAGUUUGAAGAUUUAGAUUUUGAAAUUAAUCAAAAUGAUAUUGAUAAUGCAAAUAAAGCUUUGGAAGAUAAUUAUGAUGGUGUUGAAGAUGAUGAAGAUUAUGAUUAUUUAGAAACUUAUACAUUAACACCAGAAGAAGAAUUACAACUAUUACAAGAGAUACAAGAUUUAUUAGAUCAAGAAGAAGAUGAAAGUUUAAAAAUUUAUCAUGAAAUGGAAAAACUACAAGAUGAUGAAAUCGAAUCAUAUCUAAAUAAUAAAUAA